AUGUGUCGCGUGGGCGGCAGCGGACGCGGUCGUUGUUGCAGCCGGCGCAGCGGUGCGCUGCUGCAGGCAGAACAAGCAGCAGCAGCACCAGCAGCAAGGAAGGCGCAGAAGGAGGAGGAAGCAGAGCUCAAGACAUUCCUGCAGCUCCAAGCAGCGCCUCACAUCUUUCCUGGGCUUCUUCACACCCACGCUCUCACAGAAGACCACUCUAUCGACGCUGUAGGAGGGCAGAAGCGAGCUACGGCGGUCGCUGCAGCAGCAGCGCCUGCUGCGAAGCGAGCUGCUGAACGUGUACUACGCUGGGGCCACUCUACUGCGAAGCGGCGGCUGCUAUUGCUCCUGGAGGGCAGAAGCGAGCUACGGCGGUCGCUGCAGCAGCUCCUGCUGCUGCAAAGCGAGCUGCUGCUGUGUUGCUGCGGGAGCUCCUGUGCGGCGGCAUCAGUAGCGCGGCCAGCUGCUGUAGCGGGCGCAUCGCUUCAGACGCCGCGCGCCGGCGGCGACUUUGGUGCCGUGUCCUCCUACGCUUCCUCUCUACCUUUCAUCAGUGGAUCCCAGUGCGUCGCAUUGACAACACCGAGGCAACAACAAUGCUGCGCGGCGGCGUGCCCGUCGACGACGGCGGAGCGGCGAACCAGAGGAGGCCAUCAUGGACGAGGCCGACGUGAUACACUGCAACAAGCUCCCGCAGCAAACGGAGCUAAGUUUAUGCUGACGCCACAGCUCGUUGACGGGGAAGGAUUCCGGCUGCUCCUUUGA